AUGGAUCUACUCAUAUCAAGUGGUCUAGCUACCUACUAUCACAUAGAUCAACUCAUAUCAAGUGGUCUAGCUACCUACCAUCAGAUGGAUCUACUCAUAUCAAGUGGUCUAGGCGUGUGCAUGCGUGCGUCUGAGUGUCUGUCCAUAUGCAUAGGCAUGAUGGAUGAGACCGAUAACUCGGGUCGGCUGGUGAAGCGCAGUGAUACCAAAUUAGGCAAAGCCCACGUCACUCUACAGCUGUCCGAUCUAGACCAUACCAUUGAGAAGUACUACAAGCUCGAGCACAGGAAAGGUAGAGUCUUCGACUUUGAGCUAGAGCGGUGUUCGAGAGCGCACAAGAAGUUCUGUAUCAGGAAUAUCUACUGGCGCCUGCUGGACGAAUUCCGGGUGAGAUAUG